AUGAACACGAUUAUCAACUUCCAGGAAGGCAGCGCGCAGGCUCUCAGCGAGCACAGCAUCUUCCCAGAUGUGCUGGUGUCCACUGCUGAAAACGGUCCAUCAGGACACCUUGUAGUGGAGUACCCGGGCGAGUCUACAGCGGUGACGCUGGGGAACGUUAUGCCUGUGGAGGCUACGCAGACGGUGCCCAACCUGAUGUUAAUCACGACCGAGCCGGGAAUCGUCAGGGAGGGGGACCUAUUCACGCUGGCGAUGACAGACCCAGAUGCUCCCUCGCGGUCGGACCACAAGUGGUCGGAAUACUGCCACUUUCUGGAAACGAACAUAACGCUGGGCUCGGAUGACGGGGUGUCGCACGUGGUGCUAAAGGGCACCCCGCAGGUGGAGCACAUGGGCCCUGCGCCGCCGGCCGGCACAGGGGCUCACCGGUACGUGUGGUUGUUGUUUCGGCAGCCCGGGCGGCUAGAACUGAGCGAGGAGGAGGUCACCCGCCUGCAGAGUCGCGUGAACUGGGGCUACACCGAGAAGCGGCCCCCUGUGGGUGUGGGCGAGUUUGCGGGCGAGAAGAACCUCGAGUUGAUGGCCGUGAACUUCUUCUACGCGGAGAACAAGUAG